GACUCACUGUGUGCCUGGCCCUUUGAACUUUUCAGCAGAACUCGGUUGUGGGAGUUGAUGCUAUUUGGCUGGUUAGGGUUGGGCUUAUCGUAUGACAAAAGGAAACCACCAUAGUGCUUUGUGCUGCCUUCUACACCGGCAGUCAGUGGAAAGAGCAGACCAUCUUUUCCCUUUCUACUUUCCCUUACAUUCUGAUGUGCGUAUGUGUGUUAACGGAGAGAUUAUCAGGCCCAGCUGUGAUCUCCCCGGUGGACACGACACCUCUCCCUGCAUGCCUCUGGCAGGUGCCCUGAGCCGUCACAUCCUCCAGCCUCAGCCUGCACCUCUUCCUCAGCCUCUUCCUCAUUGGAGCCUGACCUUGACACCCGUACCUUUCCUCUGAUCCCUCACCACCCCCCCUGGCAGUCAGCCCUCGUUUGUUCUCCUCUGCCUCUCCUCUCGGUUGAUUCAGAUGACACGUCUCCUCCACCAGCUCAGCAGGCAGGGAGCCGGGAUGUGGCCAGCCCUGCACAGCGGCCCCUCAGUGCACCUGAACGAGGGAUAAUCACUGUCACCUGCAACACACGCACACAAACUCUAUUCACACACACACACACACACACACACACACACACACACACUCUCAUUAUACAUACACACGUACACACUCAUAUUAUCCAUACACUCUCACACACUCACAUACACAUAAUACACCCCGAACACUCACCCAAAUAGUCAACCACAUACACUGUAACACAUACACACACACACACACACACUCAUGUAGAUACUGUAUUUAGCACAUACACAUAUACACACAUGCUCACACGCAUACGCACCUCACAGACAUAUACUCACGUAAACAUAUAGAUCCAAACAAUCAUUCACACACACACACACACAAACACACACACACAUGCAGUGUGAGAUGGGGGAUUGCAGCUGGGUGUGUCUGAGUCCGGCAGAGUUUGCUCAGCUGCAGAAGUACAGUGAGUACUCUACUAAGAAGCUGAAGGAUGUCCUGGAGGAGUUCCAUGGCAACGGUGUCCUCUCCAAGUACAACCCGGAGCAGAAGCAAGACGUUCUCAACCAACCCAUCGACUAUGAGGGCUUCCAGCUCUUCAUGGCCACAUAUCUGGAGAAUGACAUUCCCGAGGACCUGUGCCAGCACCUUUUUACCUCUUUCAAGAGCAAGACAGGUGGAGGAUGUUCUCCAGAGGCUCCCCGCGCCGGAGCAGGCAUGCUGGAGCCCAUGUCGAUCGAUGCAGGCAUCUCUAUACAGACCGAAGUGGCCUGUGCUCCAAUAACAGGAAUGAACGGGAAGAGCAUCCUGUCUGCCAUGGGAAGGCACACCCCCGAGCACUCUGGCCUCGCGGCAGCGGGGUCGGGGGCCACAACAUCGCCCUGCUCCUCCCGCUCCUCCUCCCAGCGCUCAGGGACUGGGGGUCACAGCCGCUCACCCUGCGGCCAGUCCAAGCCUGUGGGGGGCAGUAGCAAUGCCCUGGCGCCCACAAAGAACUCGGGAUCCCCUCGCCUGUCUCCUGAGCGGACGCGAAGUGAGAAGAGUGCCUCCCAGAACAAGAGCCCCUCAUCCCAGAAGGGCUCUCCCCUGCCCUCCCCUCAAGUGGUCUUCCUCAAGGACAUCGUGUGCUACCUGUCGCUUCUGGAGAUGGGCACACCAGAGGACAAACUGGAGUUCAUGUUCCGGCUCUACGACACGGAUGGCAACGGUGUUCUAGACAGCUCGGAAGUGGACCGCAUCAUCAAUCAAAUGGUCCAUGUUGCAGAGUAUCUGGAGUGGGACUCCACAGAGCUGCAGCCAAUCCUGAAGGAGAUGAUGGAGGAGAUUGAUUUUGACAAAGAUGGGACUGUCACUCUGGAGGAGUGGAUCAGAGGAGGAAUGACCACUAUACCCCUUCUGGUGUUACUUGGCAUGGAGACGAAUGAUCAGGAGGAUGGGCAGCAUGUGUGGAGACUAAAGCACUUCAACAAGCCGGCCUACUGUAACUACUGCCACACCAUGCUCCUGGGCGUCCGCAAGCAAGGCCUUUGUUGCUCCUUAUGCAAGUACACAGUACACGAGCGCUGUGUGUCCAAAGACAUCGCUGCCUGCAUCAGCACCUACGCCAAGUCCCGCAGACACACCAAUGCUAUGCAGCAUGUGUGGAUGGAGGGAAACUCUCCCACCAAGUGUGACCGUUGCCAUCGCAGUAUUAAGUGCUACCAGGGACUAACCGGCCUGCACUGUGUCUGGUGUCAGAUCACUCUCCAUAAUAAGUGUGCCUCCAGCCUGAAGCCUGAGUGUGAUGGUGGGUGCUUGAGGGAUCACACUCUCCUGCCCUCCUAUAUCUGCCCAGUAGUGCUGGACCGACACUCUGUAGUGAAGCGGGGUGAGAGUGAUUCCCCACCCAGCACUAGUCCUGAUGACUCAAGCCAGUGCUUCAAAUUCACAGGAGACGGACAAGCACUUCAGAUCACUCCUCUCCCAGGGACGCAUCCGCUACUGGUGCUGGUGAACCCAAAGAGUGGUGGGCGGCAGGGAGAGAGGGUGCUACGGAAGUUCCGGUAUCUGCUGAACCCCCGACAGGUCUACAGUCUGGAGUGCGGAGGGCCCAUGGUGGGGCUCAACUUCUUCCGUGAUGUUCCUGAUUUCCGUGUGCUGGCCUGCGGUGGGGAUGGGACAGUGGGCUGGAUCCUGGACUGCAUUGAUAAAGCCAACUUUGCCAGACAACCACCUGUGGCAAUCCUCCCCCUCGGUACUGGGAAUGACCUGGCCAGGUGUCUGCGCUGGGGCGCAGGCUAUGAAGGAGGUAGCGUGCUGAAGGUCCUCAAAGAUAUGGAGCACAGCACGGACAUGGUGCUCGACCGCUGGAACAUCGACAUCAUCCCUGAUGAUAAGGAGGAGAAGGGUGACCCUGUUCCCUACAGCAUCGUCAACAACUACUUCUCCAUUGGAGUGGAUGCUUCCAUAGCACACCGCUUCCAUCUGAUGAGGGAAAAGCACCCGGAGAAAUUCAACAGCCGGAUGAAAAACAAACUUUGGUAUUUUGAGUUUGGCACCACAGAGACCAUCUCUGCCACUUGCAAGAAGCUCAACGAGUGCAUUGAGGUGGAGUGCGAUGGCAUUGUCCUAGACCUCAGCAACACCUCUCUGGAGGGCAUUGCCGUCCUCAACAUUCCCAGCAUGCACGGUGGAUCCCACCUAUGGGGCGAGACCAAGAAGAGGCGAAAUUACAACCGCAUGAGCAAGAAGGUGCCAGAGAGGAUGCCAGCGAGUACCAUCACAGACGUCAAAGAGCUCAAGUUCUGCGUCCAGGAUGUGAGUGACCAGCUGCUGGAGGUGGUGGGCCUGGAAGGAGCCAUAGAGAUGGGCCAGAUCUACACAGGGCUGAAGAGUGCUGGCCGACGACUCGCCCAGUGUGCCAACGUCACUAUGAGAACGUCGCGGCUGCUCCCCAUGCAGAUAGAUGGCGAGCCCUGGAUGCAGCCCCCGUGCACGAUACGAAUUACCCAUAAAAACCAGGUCCCCAUGUUGCUGGGUCCACCCCAGAAGACGCCCUUCCUCUUCUUCAAGCGGCGCAACAAGAGUCGGGAUUAAAAGGGCAGACUGAAGAGCCAUCGGAGGAGUCACUCAUCCACACAAACUCACAUAUUCACACACACACACACACACACACACACACACACACACACACACACACACACACACACACACAAACACACACACUCAUAUACAAACAUGCCUAUCAAUUCAAUUCGCUGAACUUGUGGUGGAGGACUGGGAUAAAUAUAUCUUCAUGGACAGCCUGAGUUUGAAAAGACUUGGUGUUAAUCCAGAGUAGACCACAGAAGACCAACUCUUUGACCACUUGCUGUGUUUCCCUCCCAGACGUCCUGCCACUGGCCUUGUAACUGCACCCCAUACACCCAGCCCCGAGCCCCAUGCCCCCCUCCAACAAUAGCUUGCCAUGAAACUACUCAAGAG